AUGGCUGACAUUACAAAAUCAGAAGUCGAGGAGACGGGCAUGUCUGUCUCUGCCCACGACGAGUAUCCGUCCAAGGUGAUUGAGAAAGGGGCAGACUUGGCCGCCACCUUUGCGGCACAAAAUGCCAAUGUUGCUGUCUCGUCCGAGGCCGAGACACGAUGUCGGCGCAAAAUCGAUCUAUGGCUGAUGCCGACGAUGAUGAUCUCGUUCGCUCUACAGUACACCGACAAAGUCAUUCUCAACGCGGCUUCGCAGUACGGCAUCAUCCAAGAUCUGCAUCUGUACAAGCCGGUGAUCAACGCGGAGACUGGAAAAGAGACAUUGAACCUGCAUCGAUACUCCGUGGCGACGUUGAUGUUCUACUGGGGGUACCUCGCUGGCUUGGCACCUGCGGUCUUUCUUGCUCAAAAGCUGCCGGUGGGAAAAUACUUGGCCAGCACCGUGAUCAUCUGGGGAGCGGUGGUGAUGUUGACCGUGUGUUGUAAAAGCUACCAAGGGCUACUUGUUCAACGGUUUUUCCUGGGCAUUUCGGAGUGUUCGAUUGCUCCAGCCUUCGUCAUCAUCACGGCAAUGUGGUGGAAGAAGAAUGAGCAGCCUCUGCGAAUGGCUAUGUGGUACACCGGGGCGGGCUGGGGUGCUCUCUUGGGGCCCAUGAUCCUGUACGGCAUUGGCCAUAUCAAAGGCGACCUGAGCCCCUGGAAGUACCAAUAUCUCAUCUUGGGCGCCGUGACCAUCUUGUGGGGGGUCACUAUCCUGUUCUUCUUCCCCGAUAACCCGAUGACAGCCCGGUUCCUGACCCAAGAGGAGAAGGUCGUGGCCGUUGAGCGGAUGAGGUCGGAGCAGCUGGGCAUUGAGAACCGCCAUGUCAAGUGGUACCAGAUCGUCGAGGCCCUCGUGGAUCCCAAGACGUGGCUCCUGGUGGUGAUCGUCUUCUGCGUGACCUGUGCGAAUGGAGCCAUUUCCGGCUUCAGUGCGGUCAUCGUCAAGAGCUUUGGCUUCAGUCCCUUCCGGUCCGUCCUGUUAACCGGAUGCGUGGGCGCCUGGGUCUUGGUCAACCUCUUUGUUGUCGGCUUCGUGGGAACCUUCGUCAAGAACUCACGACUCAUCCUCGCCAUUAUCUGCGAGAUUCUGGUCAUCGUCGGUUCGAGCCUGGUGUGGAAACUCCCCUGGGACACGCAUAAAGGCGGUGCUAUUGUCGCGUUUACCAUCACCGCUGCCUUCAGUCCCGGCUACACCAUGGUCUUGGCCACCAACUCGGCUAAUGUUGCCGGGCACACGAAGAAGUCCUUCGUCGGGGCACUGGUUUGGGGCAUCUACUGCAUCUGCAACGGCGUGGCGCCGCUAUGGAUCAAGACCACCGAGCAGCCUGAACAAUACCCAACGCUCUUCAUCGUCACCAUCGCCACGGCGGCCAUUGCCAUCUGCUGCUGCCUCGCUCUCCGAGUGUACCUCCAGUUUAUCAACAAGCACCGGGAUGCCACUUACGGGGUGGUGGAGCCGGCGGAAGCUGACGUACAAGGAUUUCGAGAUCUCACGGACAUGGAAAACCACGCUUUCAGGCCACAUCGACGACGACGACGUCCGCAGCCACAGCCACAAUCCGCAAACUCUCCUAACAUCGAAUCAGAGACUUCGGCCAGCGGUGUCGGCAACCAGGCGUCCAAUUCGCCUCAGGACGACCUUGUACACAACGAUACCGUUGGCGAGCCUACAGCUUAUGGUGUCAGCAAUCAACCCAGCUCGACGCCGGGCCCAGCUUUUGUUAUCGUCCUUCGACUGGUGAACGAGUAUACAGCCGAGCACUUCGGCUAUCAAACGAAGUGCACUUUAGAAGAGCCCAAACCGCAGGCCAGCCGGGGCCAAAGCAUUCUGCAGCGGCUCCAGCCCAAGACUGACAUCCACUGUCUCCAGGAUUUGACCUAUGAGACUAUCACUGAGCUGGUCUCUGAAGCCCCCAACGCACUGGGUCAGCACGCCGAAAUCCUAGACGUGAACCGCGUGCUGGGCUUUGUUCGCCAUCUGUUCCCGUCUUGUUGCUCCAAUGAAACCCCUCUUGCCAUCAACAAUUACGAUACAGCGUCCCCCCUGGACAGCCUUGCACUAUUGUUUGCGACGCUCGCCUGUCCCAGUGUGCAGAAGGGCAGUCUGACCCUGGCCACGACGUUCUUCGAGCUCUCCGUCCAGUUUGCCAACGACUUCACAGGUCAGCCGACUUUCGACACCGUCAUAACGCUGUUCCUGCAUCAUAUCUACCUCCUACACAUUGGCGCGACCAGCCGGAUCAGGGCGGUGAUUGACCGAGCGAUCCAGAUUGCCCACGACCUCGAAUUCAAUCGGGAAUCCAGCGAAGGGCCGCAGAGAGUACAAGAACUACAUCUGUACCUAAUCCUGUGCUAUGUGGACCAGUAUUGCGCCAUGAGCUUCAACUCGCCGACACGCAUUCGACCGACGGACUACUCAACCCAGUUAUUCCGGCCGCUCAUCGAAGCCCACCCUCGACUAUCAGCGGUCGUCGAGCUGGUCAAGAUCAACGGCAAGGUCAUCGAGCACCUCCAACGAUCACAAGGGCAGAUUAGUGAUGUCCUCCGGAUCGAAACCAGCAUCGGGCGAAUAUGUGCCAAAGCAGGCCCCGUGAAGCCCUCGGUCGACCCAGACACGACGCUGGAGGCUCUCGUCCGAAUUCACUUUUUCUGGCUCCGGCUGUGCUUGCGCGCCUCCUUUCUCACAUCCGAGCAGUCGUGGGUGCCGUCAAUCAAUAUCUGUCUGCGCGCCGCUCAAAUGCUACUCAACACGUACUUUAUUCUCCUGGCGCCACAAAUAAUGAAACUACAGCGUCCAGACUCAGCCCGGUCGAACGACGGCAGUCGGACCCAGGAUGGCGUGAUAUCGGGGAUGCCGUCGACGUGGCGACAGGUGCAACGAACCGUGACCUCGGGCCUGGUGAUGUUCUACGCUUUCUGGCACGGGGAAUGCUCACAAGCGGAAAUCGCUCAGUCCACCGCCAUCACACUCCUGCUGCUCAAACACCACAGCACGCGAUGGCAACAGCACCUGGACGGGCCGAGUGGGCUCAUCCAAGACCUGACCCGGAUCUGCGACGUCCAGAUCGAUGGCGCCGUCCGGGCCCUGCUGCCCGAUCUGAGUCCCGAGGAGCAGUCGGCAAUGCUGCAGUCCCUGUUCGAGCGGCCGGUCCGGGCAGGUGACCACGACCACGACCACGAUGGCCAAGCUGCUGCAACGGAGUUCGACGGAGAGGCGUUGGGGGUAGGUACCGCGUCUAUACCGCCACGGAUGUCAAGGCAACCGUUGCAGUGGAAUCCGGAAGUCGACGACCCGGACUUGUUGGCGUGUGUGUUCGACUCGUCUACGGAGCUGGCUAUGUUCGGGGCCAUGCCGAGUCUGGAGCACAUAAACUUCUGGACGUGA